CAAUCUUCUGAGAAUCGAUUGGAGAUGGGUUUGUCGACAGGAGCUUGCUUGGCCCUUUGCUGCUUCUUACUGUGCUGCCAAGCCUCAGGAUCGCAGGGGCCGAUGAGGAGACUCUUCCAAGUUAAAGCUCCUUGCCCAUUUGAUUUCGGGACCGUCAACUAUACCAGUAUCACGAGCGUAUGCAAGUCGCCAUACCCGCGAAAGCCCUGCUGCGACUCUUUCAUCGCACUCACCUGUAGGUACAUCACUUACUUCAAUGAUCUAAACACCACUUGCGCGGACGAGAUGUUUGCGUACCUCAACAAUGCCGGGGCUUACCCGGGUGGCCUCUUUGCCAAUAUCUGCGUUGCCGGGCCCGAGGGCCUGCCUUGUCCCGCCGCACCAGCUCCUCUCCCAGUUCCAUAA